GCCCCUGGCUGGGCAAGGGGCACUAGGCGGACCAGCUGCCCCCAAAGCCCCCUGACCUGGUGUGGAAGUGGCGAAGGACUCCUGAUGCUCUGGACCUGCCGUGCGCUCUGCUCCCAAGCUGGCCCCUCCCCUGGGGGCUGGAAGCCCCUGAGCUUUGAUGGUGGGGCCUUCCACCUCAAGGGCACCGGAGAACUGACCCGGGCUUUGCUGGUGCUACGGCUGUGUGCCUGGCCCCCUCUGGUCACCCACGGCCUGGCGCUCCAAGCCUGGUCUCAGCGACUCCUGGGGUCCCAGCUCUCGGGCGCGCUUCUGCGAGCAUCCAUCUACGGGCAGUUCGUGGCUGGUGAGACCACAGAGGAGGUGAGGGGCUGUGUCCAACAGCUCCAGACCCUAGGCCUCCGGCCCCUGCUGGCGGUGCCCACUGAGGAGGAGCCAGACUCAGCUGUCAAGACUGGCGAGGCCUGGUACGAGGGGAACCUCAGCGCUAUGCUUCGAUGCGUGGACCUGUCGCGAGGCCUCCUGGAGACCCCUGGCCCGACCGGAAACAUCCUCAUGCAGCUGAAGAUUACGGCGCUGAUGAACACUCGCCUCUGUAAGGAGCUAACCUCGCGGGUCCGAAGGCCGGGGGGUUCCCUGGAGCUGAGCCCCGAAAGACUGGCAGAAGCCAUGGACUCUGGGCGGGACCUCCAGGUCUCCUGCCUCAAUGCCGAGCAAACCCGGCAUCUCCAGGCCUCCUUGAGCCGUUUGCACCGGGUGGUACAGCACGCCCGGGCCCAGCAUGUGAGACUCCUGGUGGAUGCUGAGUACACCUGCCUGAACCCUGCACUCUCUCUGCUGGUGGCCGCUCUGGCCACUCGCUGGAACAGCCCCAGGGAAGGCGGGCCCUGGGUGUGGAACACUUACCAGGCCUAUCUGAAGGACACCUACGAGCAGCUGAGGCGGGAUGCUGAGGCUGCAGACAGGGCUGGCCUGGCCUUCGGGGUGAAGUUGGUACGAGGGGCGUAUCUGGACAAGGAGAGAGAGGUGGCCCGGCUCCAGGGUACCGAAGAUCCCACUCAGCCUGACUACAAGGCUACCAAUCAGAGUUACAGCCGCUGUCUGGAGCUGAUGCUGACCCAGGUGUCCCAUCGUGGCCCCAUGUGCCCCCUCAUGGUGGCGUCCCACAAUGAGGAUUCUGUUCACCAGGCGACCAAGCGGGCAGGCUGGCUAUGCCGUGUACAAGUCCAUCCCCUAUGGCUCCCUGGAGGAAGUGAUCCCCUACCUGAUCCGGAGGGCCCAGGAGAACCGAAGUGUACUGCGGGGUGCCCGCAGGGAGCAGGAGCUGCUCAGCCAGGAACUUCGGCGGAGGCUGCUGGGGCGGGGCCUGAGGGUACCCCAUUAGCACCCCCAGGGGUCAUACGGUCAAUAAAGGUCCUGAGCUGCUGCCCAGGCAGCUGCCCUGUACGGAAGCCACCUCCUUGGGGAAGGGCUCAUCUCAGCCUCAGCCAGCCCAAGCUAAGGGAGCUCUGUGGCUCAAGAGAGAUCUUUAGAUGA